AUGGCGUACUCUAUAUUCAAGCCAAACCAACCGUGCAUUUCCCAGCUAGCCCGCCAUCGAGUAAAGCCACAAUCCUUGGCAGCACUAUAAUUCAGCCCUCUUCCCCUUUCUCACAAGUUGCACAAAACUCUUACUAGUCAGGGGGUGACUUUACACAGGAGAGGAAUCUUCAUACUUUUUUUGUGUGGAAACUGCAUAGAAAGGCCUUGUGUAUAAAUUCUACUUCACUAAAAUUAAGUGGUUAUGGUGCACAUAGUGACCAUUUCACAAUGGUGAUGGUGGCAUCCUCAGGUUGUGAGGAGAUGCAUAACGUUUAUUCCUUAGUCACUCUUGAGAAAGUCUACAGCGGAAGUUAAACGGUUUCCUUUUUACACACAACAAAACGUGGGAAAUCUGCAAGCCCUGACUUUGCUGUAAUUUGACCAACCAUUCAAGCCCCAACUGGCACAUACAAAUCCAUGCUCUAACUUCUAAGAGAAGUCCAGAUUAUGAAGACAACCAUACCCUAACCAAACAUCAAGACUUGGUGUUCCAGCAAGAUGGCUCCAGCAUCACUGUUCGAUCAUUCGUCACGUACCGUAAUGACUCUGCUGCCAUAUACCUGAAGUGGGUUGAGCUAUUUUAGUAAAUUAGACUGUGAGUUUUGGCUCUAUGAAAGUUGCACCGCCAUGGUUUUUAGCAGUUACCCAUUCCUGGCCUAUAGAUUUCUUACUGUGCAGUUUUGAUUGUCCACCUCUCUUUUCAGUAGUGUAAAGCUACUUUUAACCCUCUUAGGCAUAAUAUCUCAGUAGAGACCUUAUUUUGACCACAUUUGUUAUGCAUGUACGUUCUUACAUUAUACAAAAUAUUCAGGUAACAUAAAUACGACAUAAUAGCUAUGGGGGAAUAUAUAAUGCCAUCUUGUGGUUCCAGAGGCAAUCAUAGACCAACUAGUAGUGUGCUCUCAAUAUGUCUACAACUGUUGACAGUACUCUGCCAUCUAGUGGACAUUUUGUGUUUGGUCUGCUCUAGGAAAAACAAGUCAUAGGAUUAUUAGGUAACUUGGAUUUGCCUAUAAUGUAAUUUGAAUUAAAGCAUUUAAUGUUUAAGUUGCCUGAAGUAUUUCAGCCUGCCAGAGUUCAGCGACGGUGGCACAUACUGUGCCUUGGGGACAAUAUGCAGUUUUAACAUUUUUAUUCCAUGUGAUCUAUUAUUAUGGUUACUUAAUUUCACACGUAGAGUUGUCGACAAUGGAUCACCCGAGGAGCAGUCUACACAGGGCCCAAAGUAUCUCACACCCUUACUUCCUUGUGUGUUGGUCAAUAUAUCUUUAUCUCAGGACUCCUAUCAGUUAUUUGUUUCAUAUUUACACUAACCUACUGAUUAAUGUGUGUGUGUUGGGCUGUUUGACAGUAGUAAGUUAUUAGUGGCCAUUUCAGGGUAUCCCUGUAUUAGGUUGCUUAUUUUCAGUGAGACACAAGUACAAUUUUUCCUGUUCACCUAUUUUGGUUGGCGUUUUUAAAUAUUCUUUAAAUUUGUUUUACAAACUAACCCUGUAUGUGUUUUAAUCUGGUUUAGCAUGUUGCGACUGUUUUUUAGUAAAUAGUAUAUAUUAUAUAAUUAUUAUAUUGUAUUCCGAAGACGCUUAACAGCUAAACUCCAAAAUGCAGUAAAUCAAAAUUCUAUCUAAAAUAGCCAAGCUGUGAGCAGCAAUUCUCUCUCUCCCCAAAGGUCACCAUAUUUUGAAGGUACACUCCAAGCACCAUAACUGCUGUCAUUCCUCUGUGCUUGAUCUCUUCCCCUGUAGCAGUCACACCCCCACCCUGAGAAAAAUACAAUAUUUUUUCCCCUUUUCAUACUGUACAGCGUACACUGAACUUUUAUUCACAUAUUCAAGUAUAGUGAUGCCCAUAGGCUCAAGUCAUGGAUUGGAUUUACUUGUUACUUAAUUGCAUUAUCUCUGUGAUGCCUGUUAAGGCAAGCUGCUUACUGCUUUAUUUCUGUUAAGGUGAUCAAAAUUUCUCCACAUGACUUAAACUUGUGAUAUUUAAAACUAUAUGUGUGGGGUUUUUUUUGGUUUUUUUAUAUAUAUAUAUAUAUAUAUAUAUAUAUAUAUAUAUAUAUAUAUAUAAACUAUAGGGCUUGUCUGGAUUGCACUAUUGCCAUCAGGUUUUUCUUUUUGUUUUGUUUUUUUCUUCAAUGUUUACAUUUUUAUUAAAGUUUUCACACACACAAAAGAAAGGCAGGCAUGUUUCACAAUCAUUUGUCACACAUAGCUCAAAGUUGACCAGAGUACAUUGUGACAUGCUGAGUAUAUCCAUAUAAACAUUUGCAUAGCCAUUGACAAUCUAUACAGUGACAAAGGCAUAAAACCGGAGUUGACCUUUAACAUUUUUUUAGCAGUUGCCCAUUCCUGGCCGGUGAAUUUCUUACUGUGUGCAGUUUUGAUUGUCCACAUCUCCUUUUUGCAGUGCGAAGCUACUUUAAGCCUCUUAGGUAUAAUAUCUCACUAGAGACUUUUCUUUGACCACAUUUGUUAUGCUGUUAUGCAUGUGCUGUCUUACAUUAUACAAUAUAUUCAAGUAAGCAAAAAAAUAAUGAUACUGACAUAGAGGUGAGUGUUAUACUGCAUUCUAUAUCUCCCUCAGCAGCCAAAAAAAUAAAACUACAUUCACAUAGUAACCAGGACAACCAAUCAGAAUUACUCUAAUCCGAUAAAAGGCAGGACCAAGGUAACCACUUCUUCUUUCUUGUGAAAACACGUUAAAACGUGAACAAAGAAGGGAGCGUGACUUAGGCAGCAAAUAGAGCAGUUGCAUGGCUCCUGUUCUCCGGCUCAACAUUUUUCACCUGCUAAAAACACAAGUUCCCUCUCUUAACACUUCCCAAAAGGUAUGGGGAAGAGAAACAAGAAACUCAAAGCCCUAUCAGGAUGAGGGAUCUCUCUAGACCAGUGGUUCCCAACCCAGUCCUCAAGUACCCCGUAGCAAUCCAGUAUUUAGGGAUUACCCAGUUGUAUCUAAGGUGUCUUUAAAAAGAAAGAAAAACAAUUUAGACACAACAGAAUAAUCCCUAAAUCCUGAACUGUUAGGGGGUACUUGAGGACUGUGUUGGAAACCCAUGCUCUACACUGUAAGCUCGUUGGAACAGGGUCCUCUUCAACCAGUUGUUCCGGUAAGUUUUUGUAACUGUUUAAUUUAUUGUUAAAUCUCCUCCUCUGAUAAUAUUGUAAAGUGCUAAUGAAUAUGCUAGCACUAUAUAAAUAACAAUAAUAAUAAUAAUAAUAAUAAUAAAAAACAUUGGUGCUCUGCUGCAGCGGGGACCUAGGCCCAAGAUGGUGUCGCGGCAGGAGCCUCAUACCUCUGUUCUCUCAGAGGAGAAACUACUCAACACCCCAUACUGCUACAACAGUUACAGGGGGACUCAAUACUCCUCGGUCCACUGAAGACCUCAACACCCCAGCCACCAAAGGAGAUAUACUGGAUCUGAUGAAGAAAAUUAGAGCAUUGUUUAAUUCAGACAUAGACAUGGUGAGGUAACAAAUGUUACUGCAGUGACGUCCAGGAUUCAAGUGGUUGAAGCGGAUAUCUCUUCUAUGGCCCAAUGACAGCUGUGAACUACAGAAAAAAAAUUGCGAAACUACAGGGUCUUUGUAUGUGGCCCAUAGUCCUUGAGCAGGAGGCUAGCAAGCAGGCUCCUCCAGGAGUUUGUGACAAAUGUCCAGGGUAAGGCGCAUUUGUCACAUAUUAAGGAGCGUUUGUCACAUAGACAAACCCCUUGACUUCUUGAGAAGGUGACUACUGGCUUCAUGAGCUUGUUGAAGCACCUCCUCCCUUUUCGGGGACCAGAGAGAGAUUGCUCAUGAAACCUGGAAUAUGGGCUUGAUUUUUAUGAUGGCUUCAUUGCACACCAACUCUUGUAUAUCCUUGAAGACAAGGUCCACGUCUUUUGGGAAUAACACUAUUUCCCUUGGGAAAGCACUGGGUAGGCAGAGAUAGGAAGUCUAUGAAAUAACUGGUUACUGCUUGGAGAAGCCUAGCAUCUGAGGUAAUAAGGGAUCACACAUGGGAAAAAGGUUGGAUCUGCCACCACUGUCCUUUCUCGCCUUGACUACUGUAAUCUGCUUCUCUGUGGUCUUACAUGCUCCCAACUUGCGCCAUUAUAGUCCAUUAUGAAUGCGGGGUGAGGCUCAACUUCCUAUCUGCCCGCACCUCCCACGCCCUUCUGUCAGUCCCUACAUUGGCUUCCUAUAAGAUAUAGAGCUCAAUUUAAAAUUCUGGUUAUUGCUUUCAAAUCUCUACAUAAUGCUGCUCUGACCUAUCUAUCCUCCUAAGUAUGUCCUCUCUAGGCACUGACGAUCUGCUGAAGACGUCUAUCUUCUGUCUGUACUCUCACCUCUGAUGCUUGCCUUCAAGAUUUCUCAAGGGCUGCACCGUUCCUGUGGAACUCGCUUCCCUCCUCUGUUAGAUGCUCACCCAGUCUCCACUCCUUCAAAAAAUCGUUAAAAACCCACUUCUUUAGAAAGCGUAUCAAUUAAACUGUUAAUAGCUCCCGACUGAUUCCUCUUCUGCAACUGUCACUAGUCUAAUACUAUCCUUACCUUUUGUGUCACUUUUCCCCACUCCCUCUUGCAUGUAAGCUCAUUGAGCAGGGCCCUCAACCCCUCUGUUCCUGUGUGUCCAACUUGUCUCGUUACAACCACGUCUGUUUGUCCACCCAUUGUAAUGCGCUGCGGAAUUUGAUGGCGCUAUAUAAAUAACAUAAUGAUAAUAAUAAUAAUUAUAAUUAGGGCAGAAUGGUGUUAGGAGGAACUUACCAUAAGGUCAUUGUCCAGAAGUAGUACCUCAUGUGCCUCUUAAGGCCCAGGGUCGACUAUGUUAUGGGAAGAAGUCCAGUGUGGCUCUCUGGUCAUGAACAGCAGGUCUGUCUGUAUAAGAGCCUUAAUUCUGAUGUUGAGAACCUUGUGGGAAGCAGCCAGAAAGUCAGCUUCUAGCCCAGCAAAGAUAUUUCUGGAUGGAAAACUUCCUCAUAUUUGCUUGUUGUGGGUCACCUUUUCUAAAGCCCACAUGCAAAGCUAUACAUCGCGCCACAUGUUCUGAAGGGGUCUAUUCUGACUGUCGUGAAUGAUGUAGGUUAUCACAGGGGUUCACCCUAUGGAUCCAGGAUUUUACCAUCGUCCCCAGAUAUAGGCCGGAUCACAUCAGUGCCAGAUGCCUUCUAGACAAUAGUAUUGUAAGAGGGGACGUGUCCCAAUCAGUUUGUGGCUCCGAAUAUGUGAAAAUUGUCACUGUAAAGGUACAUUUUAAAGAAUAAUUUAAUCUUAAACUGGAUAAAAUCUAUUUGCAGUACAUUUUACCCAAUGCAGGCAUGCAUUUUUCCCACUCUGAUGUCAUAACCCUAGGAGAGAAGAGGAGGCAGUAAAACAUGAAAACUGUAGCAUGGUUCUCUGGGGCCUGGAUUUCAAACUGAUAAAUGGGUUCUAUAGAUAGAUACGCAGGAAUAUUAACUAUUUCACAUUUUAAUCACAGCUUAGCCAAUGAUCUUUUCACAGCCCUCACCUACACUAACAAACCCAAAUAAAAGGCAAAAAAAGGCAGUGGAUUCGUGAUUGAGCACAGUGAAAUUAUUUUUUCAAAAACUCAAGGUUAUUCACUUAAGGGAAAUUAUUGGGAAUCCAAUGAAAAUCUCAAAUUGUAGGCCAAAGAGUUUAAUUAAAAACAUACCGGUAGCUCACUUUUAGAUUUGUUUUGGUUUGGCCUUUUUUUAGCCUAAAAGUAAUUAAUUCCUGCUAAUUCAUACAUGAUCAGAGUAGAACACUAACAUUUGGACUGAUGCAUUGAGCAGAUCUGCCCUGUGCUCCAGUUAAUCAGUGUCCACACUUAAAGGACCACUAUAGGCACCCAGACCACUUCAGCUCAAUUAAGUGGUCUGGGUGCCAGGUCCAUCUAGGAUUAACCCUGCCUGCUGUAAACAACUGCUAUGUUUACAAAUGGGUUAAUCUAGCCUCUAGUGGCUGUCUCAUUGACAGCCGCUAGAGGCGCUUUCGCGCUUCUCACUGUGAUUUUCAAAGUGAGAAGACGGCAGCGUCCAUUGGAAAGCAUUGAGAAGGAGGAGGAGAGUCCCCAGCGCCGAGGGAGCCCGGUGCUGGAGAAAGGUGAGUGUUUAACCCCUUCCUCUCCAUCCAGCCCGCAGUGAGUGGGACCCUGAGUGUGGGGGCACCCUCAGGGCACUAUAGUGCCAGGAAAACAAGUUUGUUUUCCUGGCACUAUAAUGGUCCUUUAAAGCAAUGAUCUGCCUUCACUUUCAUAUGAAAUAAGUGUAAGGGUCCUAAUUAGGGUCCCGUCUGCCAUUUGUCUCAGACUCUUAAAGAUGUAUGCCUUUAGUUGCCAGUUUAUAAAUUAUUCUGACAAAAUAAAAUGUUGAAAUGUGUUGUUUGAUACUGUGGUAAAGUACAAAACCACACAUAGGAAGAAUUCACUAAAAAUGCUUAUUCCAUAUUUUGCAUAGGAUUGCAUUAUCCAGUAGGAAAUGAGGUCGUGCACAGGGUCUGUUUAAGAUCCGAUGAGUAAGGUAGUCCUAAGGCAUUUCUUCUGAAAUCUUUUGCCAUGAACAGAUUAAACAGAACAUAGAGAUGAUAUAAUGUAACAAACAGGAAAUAGCAAUUCCGCUGGACAAGCAGUCUGCUGUGGUCUGGGUUUUAGCAUUGUAUUUCUGGUUGAAUUAUACCAGAAGGGGACGACAAUGUACCAGACAGGAAAAUCUAACCAUCGAACAAACCAUCAAAGAAAUCUGCAGAGAAAGGAGUUAAGUAGAUCAUGUUAAGCUUUUUGCCUGCAAGAUAAAUGGAUAUGCCAAAGGAAUUAUUCACCAACAGGCCUAUUUACUAAAGUAAGAAGUCAAAGUUACAUUUAAAGUUGAAGGAUUGCUCCAAGUACCAUCAUCAGUGUUUUAAAGUGGUCAUGGUGCCUGGAGUCUGUAUGUGGCUAAUGUCAAUUCUUUGUCUCAUGGUGCCUGGAGUCUGUAUGUGGCUGAUGUCAAUUCUUGGUCUAUUUACAAAAUGUCAUUAAUUUGCUGUAAGCAAUCAGCUGUCAGGAUUGGGAUCUGGCUAUUGCAGCAUAGCUAACGCUGGCUGUAGUGGUUAUGGUGGGUGGAGUAACCCUUUAAUGCCAAAGUUAAACUGAAAGCACAGCUGACUUAAAGAUUUUUUCCAGUUCAGCCAUUUUGAUUUAAAAUGUGAAAUUUACAUUAAAUUCUCACUUUAGCAAAUAACCACGUAAAUGAUAAAUUUCAGCAACCUAAAAGUAAAUAGCCAAUCUCCUCGCUCCUUAGACCCCGGAGCAGCUCAGCGACACUCAUACUCCUACCCCCCUUACUCCCCAUGACCAGCAGGGGACAGAGUGCUCCACACGACAAACGGCCUAAGCACUGUCCACACUACGCACCCAAGAUGGCGUCUGCUCCACCACCAGACGAACAUAACCUACAUGUGCCCCAGAGGCUAUGCAGCAUCUGCAUAGAACUCACCCUGCAUCGCCUGGAUGCCGUCUUCCAAAACUUCUGGCUGCGGCUUAAAGAACGCACCCAAGCUGCAGUGGCAGAGCAGCAAAGGGUCGCAGACAGCAGCAAACCGCCGACACGGAAGCUACCCCCUCCAGGCGAUACUGCCAAACAAGCACCAAACCAUAGAGGCAACCGCACACCCACACUGAGGGUCCCUCGACGCCCCUACACUACGCACCCACCGAUGCUGAGACGGACCACUCACCGAAAUCGGCGCAUCACAGCCAGACCCACUGCUAUCCCCAUGAGCAGGGCAAUCUCGCACCCGAAGCAGACCACGACCCUAACACAGGGCACACCAGCGAGCACAUGGACCUGCGACAACAAGCACAGCCCAACCCGCAACACUGAGGCUCCCUGGGACUCCCCUGAAGGGACCCUUCACCUGCCGAUUAUGGGUGUCGGAUGA